CGGCUGUGUAUUUUCAAAUGCUCGCGCACUCGAGCUGGUUUCUCCAAAAUUACCUACCCCACCUUUAAGUGAUUAUUGUGUCUGUUUAUCUGCUUUAUAAAAGGACUGCGUCUGUACAGGAUUUUGUGUGACCUGGAUUAAACCCUGCAGGAUGUACAGCAGCACAGAUAAACCCAGAGGCUACAAAGAGAAAUCAUUUGCAGUACUAAACGUUACAUUGCUUGUACAACGGAUGGAAGAUCAUUAGUGGCGAAGAAAAGCGCGGAAUUCUGAGGAAAACUAUGUCGGACGCUUUGUCUGAUGACGGGAGCGUGAACCAGGAUGACAGUCAGGAGGAUGUUAUGACCCCGGCGGAGCUCAUAGCCAAACUGGAAGAAGCUUGGCUGAAUGAGAAGUUUUCCCCGGAGCUGCAGGAGAACAAAUCUGAGGUGGUGGAGUGUGUGAUGGAGCAGCUCACUCACAUGGAAGAAAACUUGCAGCGGGUGAAGAAGGGAGAUGCAAAGGCCAGCAUCCAUCGCAUGGAAAUAGACCGGAUUCGCUUUGUGCUCAGCAGCUACCUGCGCUCCCGUCUGCAGAAGAUUGAAAAGUUCUUCCCUCAUGUCCUGGAGAAAGAAAAGUCACGAGGGGAGGGGGAUCCAUCUCUACUUUCACCUGAGGAGUUUGCUUUUGCCAAAGAGUACUAUGCCAACACAGAAACCUACAUGAAGGCUGUAGCUUUGAAGCGCAUGCCCCCCAACCUGCAGACCAUGGACAUGCUCAAAGCAGUGCCUGAGCCCUGCCUGGACUCCUUUGUGUUUCUACGAGUCAAGGAGAGACAGGAAAACAUCUUGGUCGAGCCCGAAACAGACGAUCAGAGAGAGUACGUUGUAGAUCUCGAAGAGGGCUCUCAGCAUCUAAUGCGGUAUCGAACUAUAGCACCACUUGUCUCGACUGGAGCCGUGCAGUUAAUUUAAAAUGGAGGUUGCUGCUUGUGUGGAUGCUUUUGGUUCCAGUUGGUCAGAAAGAAAGCUAUUUUUGUAACAGCAAUGAUGUGAAAGGAGCACAUUAACUUGGAGAGAUUACAUCGGGAACUGCAGCCAUCUCUCUCUCACUGUUGUCAGGAUUAAGGACUUACUUGUGGGACUCAAACACAGACAUUUGUGGCACCAUGUCCCCAAGACACCUGGGAAGAAACACCUGACAUAAGGCCAUUGCUGGUGUUAAAGUGCUUGCUGAUGUAUGAUGCCUGUUCGCCAGAGCAGCGUUUGCAGUGUGUGGUGUUAUUUUUGUACUUUUUUUAAUCAUGUCACAACAAGUUUGGUUACAUAACUGUAAUGUAUUCUGCUGUGUUGGUGUUUGUGAGGCUGGUUAAGAUGAUCUAAUGCUAAUUCAUUCUGUUGACUCACAUCAUUGGACUUUUACAAGAUGCACCCAAAGGUGACAUUUUCAUCAGUUCGCUUGGUGCACAGUGCGUACCAACACAAAGUGCAUGUACAAAUGUGUGUAUGUGUGGUAGAUCAUUUGUUUUAAUGACAUAUACGCUUAAAUUAACAUACAUUACUGUCACUUUAAAUAAUAGAAAUCCUGUUAAAGUUCAGAUAACGUCUGUGUCUCUUCUCACCUUGGCUUCCACUUUCAGAAGUGUAUAUUAUAUGUUUUUAACUCCCCCCUGCUUCACAAAGUUCUUCUGACUGCAUGUUUUAGUUUUACCCUAAAGGGGUGUGUGGAACAUCGUUCUCUGAGACAUAAUUGCUAUAAUAACAUUGUUAUAUAACGGUCUCAAAGGGAGCAAUCAGUGCUUAUUGUUUGCCGUCACACACAUUGCUCAGUUUUUGGAACUAAUAAGGGACUGCGGGAGAGCGAUGCUGCAAAACUGAGCCACGUGUCAAAUUAUUGUUAAACUGCACCGCCAAUCUAAUUAGAAACCUAGUGCUCAGGGUGAUUGUGAGGUUAGGAGAAAUGCACUGGGAGUGUCUUCUAGAUUUAACCAGGAAGAAAAGCAGAGAACAUGAAAGCAUUCAUAGAAAAAGCAUUCAUAGAAAAAUGUUUGAAAAUGAAAGAAGGGUUAUUUAAGACCUUGAAAACGUUGAUUCAAAAAAUAAACAAAAAUGUGUAAAUUA